GCCCGUGGCUCCGCGGCCGGCCUGCCACCACCGGUCGUGCGUUGCGGCUGCUGCCCCUGGGGCCGGCCGCAGGCACCGUCGGCGUGCCCGGGCUGCGGGAGGCGCGGCCGUGGGGCGGCCUCUGCCUAUACCGCUCCGCACCGAGCGCUCGGGAUCGCGGCUCGGAGCCUUCCCCUGCCGGCGCGGCCUUUGCCUGUGGUGCUUCGGGUUGAGGGCCGCGCAGCCGGCGUCAGCCCAUCUUGCCUCUGUCUCGAGAAGCAGAAAGCGUCACGAUAGAGACACAAAGAUGACCGAGUUUUGGCUGAUUUCUGCUCCUGGGGAAAAAACCUGUCAGCAGACAUGGGAGAAACUACAUGCAGCAACUACAAAAAAUAACAAUCUCUCUACUAAUUCCAAGUUCAAUAUUCCAGACCUGAAGGUUGGCACACUGGACGUUUUGGUUGGUCUGUCAGAUGAGCUGGCGAAACUGGAUGCAUUUGUGGAGAGUGUUGUAAAGAAGGUGGCCCAGUAUAUGGCAGAUGUUUUAGAAGACAGUAAAGAUAAAGUUCAGGAAAAUCUUCUGGCUAAUGGAGUUGACUUGGUCACCUAUAUCACGAGGUUCCAGUGGGAUAUGGCCAAAUAUCCGAUAAAGCAAUCGUUGAAGAAUAUUUCAGAAAUUAUUGCGAAGGGAGUAAACCAGAUUGACAACGAUCUUAAAGCAAGAGCCUCGGCAUACAAUAAUCUAAAAGGGAACCUUCAGAAUUUGGAAAGGAAGAAUGCGGGAAGCUUGUUAACCAGAAGUCUUGCCGAUAUUGUAAAGAAAGAGGACUUUGUACUUGAUUCAGAAUAUUUGGUCACGUUAUUAGUGAUUGUACCAAAGUUAAAUUAUAAUGACUGGGUUAAGCAGUAUGAAACGUUAGCAGAGAUGGUUGUACCACGUUCCAGCAAUGUACUUUUUGAGGAUCAGGACAGUUACCUUUGUAAUGUCACCUUGUUCAGGAAGGCAGUGGAUGACUUCAAGCAUAAAGCCAGAGAAUACAAAUUUAUGGUCCGUGACUUCCAGUACAACGAAGAAGAGAUGAAAGCUGAUAAAGAGGAAAUGAAUAGACUGUCAACCGACAAGAAGAAACAGUUUGGGCCUCUGGUACGAUGGCUGAAAGUUAAUUUCAGUGAAGCUUUCAUUGCAUGGAUUCAUGUGAAAGCACUCCGAGUUUUUGUUGAAUCUGUUCUAAGGUAUGGUUUGCCGGUAAACUUCCAAGCAAUGCUGCUUCAGCCUAAUAAGAAAACAAUGAAGAAACUGAGGGAGGUUUUAUAUGACUUAUAUAAGCACCUUGACAGCAGUGCAGCAGCUAUCAUUGAUGCAACCAUGGAUAUUCCGGGCUUAAACCUCAGUCAGCAGGAGUAUUACCCCUAUGUGUACUACAAGAUCGAUUGCAAUUUACUGGAAUUCAAGUAAAAAUUCCCUAACGUGACAAUCCUGUGUUGGUGUAAACAAAACAGAAGUGAGGUUGAAGUACAGUAAUACCUUUAACACUCUACUAAUCAUAUGCUUGCUUCUUAUGUUAGGUGAAUUUUAACCGCAGUGGUCCAUCUCUAGACAUUUUCUUUUUAAAGGAAAGUGUAGGUAAUCUGCUUUUAAACAAACGUCUGUAAAUGUAUAUUGAGAGAACUGAAGUAUUUAUAAACAGAGUGAUUUAUUUAAGGAAAAGCUCAUUCCUCUUUCAUAUGGUGAUCUGUGUUAAUUCCAUUCCCCAUUGUUUAUUAAAAAGAAUUGUUUACAGAAGAAUAGUGUAAAUGUUUAUGGCCAUUUUGUUCAUUUGAUUUAGUAGAUACACGUGUUAACGUUGUGAUGUAAAGUAUGUAAGAUUGGUAUGAAAUUGUGCUUUCUGAAUGUUGUAAAAUUAAAAUCGAAGCACUGUAAGCACACAGGAAAAAAUAAACAUACCUGUGCAAAUGUGUCACCUUCUUGUACAA